AUGGAUGAAACAUACGCGCAGAAUAACGAGUCUCAGCCUACAGUCGAGGCCUGGAUCCUCGGAAGCGGAACUACAUCUCUAGCAUCCGCGGUGUACUUGAUACAGCGUGCCAAUUUACUACCACACAACGUGCAUAUAUUGGAUUCGCACGUUUCCUUGGAAGCAGCUUUAUACCAUAUCGGUGACGCCGUCCAUGGAUAUGAUCAAUUCGCAGGAUGUUUGCCAGUUCCAGUAGGAGCACCUUUACUGAAGCUUCUUGCAUCUAUUCCCUCAGAACAGUCUCAUGGGUACACCGUGCUGGACGAUAUCAGAAAAAAAUCAUCCAAUCACAUGCCUGCAGGCCACCAUUGUCCAACCAAGUUUCUCGUUCAAAAUUCCAACAGCAGAGAGUUGAUAUCUCUGAAAGGCCUGGGUUUGAGUGUCAAGUGCCGUAUAAAAUUGGCUCUGUUGAUGCUAAAAAGCGAGAAAGGCCUGGAAAGAACCCAUAUACAGGACUUCAUGCCCAACAGCUUUUUCCGAAGUGUUUUUUGGACUAUAUGGACCGCUCAAUUUGGUUUCCAACCCAGGCACAGUGUCAUCGAGUUUAGACGAGCUCUACGACAAUACCUACGAGAUUUUCAUCAUCUGAGCAUCCUCACUUGCCUAGAUAUCACUGGAUACUAUCAGAAUGAGUCGGUUUAUUUACCUAUAUACCUCUACCUUCGAAACCUCGGCGUUGACUUCCACUUUGAUACCAAAGUCAGAGAUAUUGAUACCACCACCGGGCAAGGCGGCCGGCAAAAAAUUUCGAGAUUGAAUGUUCUUGAAAAGAAAUCUCAUAUCACAAUGGAAAUGGGUGCACACGACAUAGUCAUCCUAACGCUGGGAUCCACUACCUCGGGCUCAUCGGCCGGGACGGAUGAUUACCCUCCUCCUACUCGAUCAAUCGAGCCGGAUGAAGAGUAUGAUGAGAAUUGGACAAUAUGGCUAGAGCUCAUUACUCAUGGCGACGCAUUCGGUAACCCCUAUAACUUUUGUACCCGCGUGGACGAUUCGACCUUAGCUUCUUUCACAGUUACCACCGCAGACACAUGUCUUUGGGAGUUUCUAGCUUCGGUAGCGACUCACUCAGAAGCCGGAACCUAUAUUUUGUUGCCUAAAAGCAACUGGGAACUCCGCUUAUGCAUACCUAUGCAGCCAGUCUUCAGCCAACAGCCUGAAAACAUUCGCGUCAUCUGGGGGUUUGCCCUAUUCCCCAAAGCCAGUGGAAACUAUGUACAGAAACCGAUGGAAGCCUGUUCCGGUGCCCAAGUUAUCACAGAAGUACUUGGGCAUCUUGAUUACCACUCCAUGGUUCAUGAUACUAUCUCCGUUCCUCGUCUCAUGCCUCGAAUGAGCUCUCCGUUACUGGUCCGCUCUAUGACGGACCGCCCUGAGGUGAUACCUCCAAAUACUUCGCAUCUUGCCUUAGUGGGACAGUUUGUGGAAAUUCCCUGGUAUAGUUGUGUGGACAUGAGCUAUGGAAUUCGCACUGCGCAGAUUGCGACGUCGCAGCUGAUGGGCAUACCAUUGCCAAAUGGUAAAAAUGAUCAUAUGGGCUGCACAACCAGGAGCCUACUGAGAAUGCUCUUCUGGAAAUAA